CUCACAAACAACACUGCUCACUGAACCACAACCCACUUGCAACCAUGACUUUCAACGGCACCUGGAAAGUGGACAGAAAUGACAACUAUGACAAAUUUAUGGAGCAGAUGGGCAUCAAUCUUGUGAAGAGGAAGCUUGCAGCCCAUGACAACUUGAAAAUCGUUAUUGAGCAGGAUGGAGACAAGUUUGUGGUGAAGGAGUCCAGCGCCUUCCGCAAAAUAGACAUUGAAUUCACACAGGGAGUCAACUUUGAGUACAGCCUAGCCGAUGGAACAGAGCUCACCGGUACAUGGACCAUUGAAGGAAAUAAACUCGUUGGAAAAUUCAAGAGAAAGGACAAUGGAAAGGAACUCCUGACUACCAGAGAAAUUGUGGGGGAUGAGCUCAUCCAGAGCUACCAUUAUGAUGGAGUGGAUGCCAAGAGAAUUUUCAAAAGAGGAUAAGAAGAUUUUUUGAGAGAUCCAGUCCCUCCAUGAGUAAGAAAAGAAAAAAAGAAGUUUGAAAGACUCAAGACCUUCCUUGAAACACAACAAUUUAAUAUGAAGAAAAGGGUUUAAAAGCCUCUUUAGAUUGCGAUCCUGUUUUCCUGGUGUAAAAACUUCAAAUACUGUGUAUAAAUAUUUGUUUUGUAUAUUGAGAAUUUUUUUACUACAGUGUACUGUUUUACAUCAAUACAGUAUAUUUCCAUUUUGAAAAACGUUCUAUGGAAAUAUGUAUAAUUUCAACGGGAAAUUAUGUAUAAGAAGUACUUCCAUAAAACUCCAUAGAAUUCCAAAGAAAUGUUUUGUGACAGCCAGUUUGCACUGAAUAUUUUAAUAUAGUAACUGGGAAAUAAAGGUACUUUGAUGUUAUCAGA